CGUCAUGACGACAUCGACGUGCGACGCCAGAGCGCAGAGAGGUUUACAUGAAGAGACGAAGAACGAUGACAACAAGUUUAACACAAGCUUUAAAAAGACACUUUGGGUUUGAGAAAUUUCGCUCGAAGACACAGGAAGAUGUCGUCAAUGCGGUUAUCAGAGGUGACAAGGAUGUGUUCGUGUGCAUGCCGACUGGAGCAGGAAAGUCGAUCUGCUACCAGCUUCCUGCUGUGCUGGCUGAAGGAAUUACUCUGGUUAUAUCUCCUCUAAUCGCUCUCAUUCAGGACCAAGUAGACCACCUGAAGAGUCUGAACAUCCCCGCCUGCUCCAUCAACUCCAAGCUUCCUGUGGGCGAGCGGCGCCUCAUCCUGGCUGACUUGGGGAGCAGCAGCCCCAAGCUGAAGCUGCUCUACAUCACACCAGAAAUGGUGGCCUCGCCCUCCUUCCAGCCCUGCCUCACAGACCUGUGUUCCCGUGGCCUCCUGUCUUACCUGGCCGUGGACGAGGCUCACUGCGUCUCCCAGUGGGGACACGAUUUCAGGCCUGACUACCUCAAACUGGGCGAGCUGCGUGCACGCUUGGCGGGGGUUCCCUGUUUGGCCCUGACUGCCACAGCGCCGAAGAAUGUACUGGAGGACAUUAUCAAAUCUCUGCGGCUGCGAUCACCGCUGUCUUUCGUCACACCUGUCUUCCGGAGUAACUUGAACUAUGAUGUGAUCUUCAGGGAGAUGCUGCCAAACCCCUACGCUCACCUUCACGCCUUCAUUACGAAGGCACUGGAUGACAGCACUAAUGGACAGGGUUGCGGGAUUGUGUACUGUCGGACCAGAGACGGCUGUGAAACCGUGGCGCACCAGCUGACCAAGCUCGGAGUGUUGUCCAAGCCUUAUCAUGCAGGUCUGAAGACGGCAGAUCGCACAGAAGCUCAGAAUGAGUGGAUGCAGGGGAAAGUGCCGGUUAUUGUAGCCACCAUCAGCUUUGGUAUGGGAGUAGACAAGGCCAAUGUCAGGUUCGUCGCUCACUGGAACCUGGCAAAGUCCCUGGCCAGUUAUUACCAAGAGUCCGGGCGAGCUGGACGAGACGGGCUGCCCUCCUCCUGUCGCACCUACUACUCACCGAAAGAUAAGGAACAGCUCAACUUUCUCAUCCGCAAGGAAGUCGGACGCAGACAGGCGAAACGGGGCACGGAAAAGGAGAGUGACAAAACAGCCAUUACAGACUUUGAGGCCAUGGUGUCGUUCUGCAUGCAGGAAGCUUGCCGCCACGCCACCAUCUCCAAGUUCUUCGGGGACAAGACGCCGAACUGUGCCGGCGCCUGCGACUUCUGUCGAAACCCCAAGCUCGUGCGAGCUCAGCUGGAGCGGGCGGCGACGCUCAGCACCAAGACCGAAGCGGCGAGCAAAGAGCCCAAAGGAGCGUUCGGGUUCCAGAAGGGGCUGUACGAGGGAGGGAGGAAGGGCUACGGCUUCGAAAGGUACGAUGAAGCCGACGGCGACAGCGGUGAAGAUGACGGCUCGCAGAGGAAAAAAGAGUUUUCUAAUCUCUUUAAGAAGCAGAUGAACCUGCGGAAGGCAUCAGACGGUCAGAGAGAAGGCUUUAUUCCCCCAGAAAAUGGCUGUCCGCUCAGAGAGGCCUGCAGCCAGAGGAUCCCCAGACUCACUGUGAAGGCCAGGGAGCACUGCCUGUCCCUGCUGCAGGAGGCGGUAUACGGCCACCAGAGGGCAGAAGACCCCUUCAUCUGUGACACCCAGUCGCUGGCCGUGGAUAUUGAACAUGAAAUCUUCAAGAACCACAAAUCGUCCAACUUGUACAAAGCCGCCGUUCUAAAGAGGGUUUCCGAGAUGAAGAAAACAGCUCCUGCUUCGGCUGGAGGAGAGAGAGGGGACGGUGAGAGGACUACAAGUGAAUCUGACAAAGAAACUGAAAUGUGUCCCUCUUCUUCCUCCAUCUCUGAGGAGCUGCAGGGGUUCACAUCUGCAUCAGAGAUCUACUCAAUGAAGCGUAAAAGAGUUGGAGCAGGUCAGAGAGGCUUGUCCAACCCCUACCUAUGUGCCAAGGAUCUGCUGAAGUCCUCCAUGCUGGACAGUGAGUCCAACAAGGGGACGGAGAGCGGCGGAGGAGAUACAAACACGGACGCGUCUUUAGCUGCGACAUCGUCCAUCAGAGACCGAGCAAACGCCGUCGCCGCCUCUCUGAACAGCCCGACAAAAGGCGGACGAGCCAUGAGCAAGAAGCAGCAAAAACUGGCAGAAGCAGCGAAAAGUUCCCGCAACAUUUUCCAGUACUUCACAAAGAAAGAGGCAACAGGAGACAGGCCGGAGGAGGAGGAGGCGGAGCCUGUCAACGGACUUGACGAAGCUGUGGUUGCUGAAGAACACACUUACCAGGAGGACGAGAUCAGUCCUGAGGAAGCCGAUGUUUAUGAGGUGUUACAAGAGGAAAGAAAGGAAGAAAUAAUCGUCAUCAAGGAUGAUGAUGAUGAUGAUGAUGAUGAUGGUGAUGUUGAAACUGAGGACACUGAGAUCCAACAGCAGGAACAGAACCUGGAGCAGGAACAGGAACUGGAGCAGAAACUGGAGCAGAAACUGGAGCAGGAGCAGAAACUGGAGCAGGAGCAGGUUCAGGACACAUUUGAGGAGUCUACUGCAGGACAAAACAAACCAGAAGAAGCUGCUAAAUCACCUCUGAUAACGGAGUUGCCGGGCAACCCAAAAGCAAACAACGAGCGCUCUCCUCCAGCGAAGCGCAGACGCCCCGCAGACGGCCGUAGCAAAAGAGUAACGUUCAACCCCAACGUGCUGGAGCGGGACCUGCACCCGGUGAGCAAGUGCUCUCCGCCCGUCACACUGAAGGAAGCAGCUGAUAUCGUGGUCAGAUAUCUGAACCCCUCUUACAUCAAGGGGAAGUUUGCAACCAAGGAGCUGUUUAAGUCCUUUGCUCGCUACCUGUCUCACCUUCUCACAGAGGGGAGGAGCCUGGGUAAAAGCCAAGUUGAAGCAGAAGCCAAAGCGCUCAUCAAGACGUUCUUCAGCGGAGUGAAGCGCUGCGAGAGCGAGCUCGACUGGAAGCACCUUAAAUGAGCACACAGCUGUGAACCCACAGAGAACGAGGAAGAAAGGGAAGGGAAAUAAAGCCAUUUAUUUUUUAAAAAGGUCAAACCCUUCCUCUUUGAUUGUGCCUAUGAGCUUCCCUUUUCCCCAGUGAUCUCAGGCUUCAACACAG